AUGGCAGCCUCAUCACAAUCCACCUCAUUGCAUCACCAGUUUCUCAACACAACCACCGUCCAGAAUGGCACAAACGAUAUUGAAACAGUUUAUACAGAAGAAGCACUUCCAAAUCUUACUUCAUUCAUGGAGAACAAAGAUGAGAACGAGGAAGAUCAAAAGUCCACAGCCAACCGGAGGUAUUUACCUCUCCUGGUUCUCAAUUAUAUUCUACUCUUUGUUGGUUCACUCUCGUCAAGUCUUUUAUCAAAGUUUUAUUUUAUCCACAAAGGCUCUAGCAAAUGGGUCUCAACUUGGGUUCAGAGUGCAGGGUUUCCCCUCCUACUCACUCCCAUUUUUCUCCCACCCAUCCUUAAAUAUACUAAGAGAAGACCCUUCACAGGUUUCAGUCAAAAAAUGUACUGGUUUUCAAUUUCCGUUGGUCUUAUGUUAGGUUUCAAUAACCUUUUGAUCUCAUGGGGAGUAGCAUACCUCCCAGUUUCAACAUCAGCCCUUCUUUUAUCCACCCAGUUAGUUUUUACUCUUAUUCUGUCCAGCAUCAUUGUUAAACAGAAAAUAACAUUUUCAAAUCUGAACUGUGUCAUCCUCAUCACUAUAAGCUCUAUCAUUCUGGCAUUGGACUCUAGUCAUGAGAAGCCAGAAGGGCUUACCAGCAGAAACUACUUCAUAGGGUUCUCUUGCACCAUAGGUGCUGGUUUGUUGUUUUCUUUGUACUUACCAGUGAUGGAGAAGAUCUACAAGAGGGUGUACUGCUACCAGAUGGUGAUGGAAAUGCAGCUCAUAAUGGAGAUUGCAGCAACAGCCUUGGCCACUGUAGGCAUGGCAUGGGACGGAGGGUUUUCUGACAUGAAGGAGGAGGCUGAAAGGGUUUUCGACAAGGGAACAACCGCUUAUUGGAUAACUGUUAUAUCAACUGUCGUGACAUGGCAAUGUUGCUUUAUGGGAACUGCAGGAAUGGUUUUUCUGACAUCUUCACUCACUGGAGGGAUUUGCUCCACAGCUUUGCUGUCCAUAAAUGUGUUGGGUGGAGUGCUGGUUUAUAAAGAUGCCUUUGGAGGUUUUAAGGCUGUGUCAACUGUUUUAUGCAUUUGGGGCUUCUGCUCUUAUGUCUAUGGCAUGUACAUCAAAAUGAAGAAAAAUAAGAGUGAAAAUGAUCAAAGGAGAAGCACCAGUAGUGGAUCUUCCACUGAGUUGAUCCCCAGGAGGAACCCUGAUGGGACUAUUUGA